ACAGCUCAUUCACCAGCCCGCCAGGGGCUCAGUGACUCCCCAGAUGAAGGAGCAGACCUCAUUCCUGGGCUUCUAGAAGGAAACCUUCCUCACCCAGUGGGAAGGGGACACCAACUUGAGGACAGUGGAGCGGAGCCUGGGACUCGCGUGCGGCUGCGGCCGGCCUGUGCUCCGCCCAGGGCCAGGGAUGGGGCCCCCACGAGCUCCCGCGCGUCGUUGCGCGCAUACUAGGAGGAGUACGGUGGCGCGGGGCUGGGCGCUUCCCGCGCGAGCCCCGCCGCCCGGUGACUGCGUGCUGCCCGCCCGGCUUGUGCCCGCGCCGGCCAGUCCCUCGCUCGCCGGCCAACGCCGCCGCCCGCUGCCCCCAGCGCCGUCCCCAUGAAGAAGACCCCCAUGUGGUUCCUGGAGCGCCUGCGCGUGUCCGGCGAGAACGGGGCGGAGGGUGCGGACCGGGCCCGGGGGCCCGUCUACAGCAACGUGCUCACGCCCGACAAGAUCCCUGACUUCUUCAUCCCGCCCAAGCUGCCCGCCGCGCCUCCCGACCCCGAGGCGCCCGCCGAGCCCGGGCCCCAGUCCCCCGAGCCCGGCCGCGCGCCCCGCAGCCCGCGCCUGCCCGCACGCCUGGCCGCCGAAAGCCGCAGCCUGCUGAAGGCCGCCACGCGCCACGUGAUCCAGGUGGAGAGUGCGGAGGACUGCGCGGAGGAGGCAGCCCUGCCCGCGUCCACACCCGCGCCCGCUGAGAGCCCGCGGCGCGAGGCCCUGCGCCCAGGGGAGCCCGGCGCCCCCUCGCAGGCCGGCUCCCCCGGCGCCGCGCGCCGCGCAGCCCGGCCUCGGCCCGACGGCGGGGACGCGGCGCUGCGGGGUCCCAGUGGUGGCGAGAGCGACACCGGCUCGUCGGCCGAGUCCUCGCCCUUCGGCUCGCCCCUGCUGUCGCGCUCCGUGUCGCUGCUGCGCGGCUUCGCGCUGGACGGCCAGGCCAAGGUCAGCCAGCUCACGCAGGCCGUGGCCCGGCCCGGCUCGCUGUCCGCGGACGACAGCUCCCCGCAGGCCAGCCCGGGAGCCCGCCGCCGCCGGCCCCGCCGCGCCCCCGCGCCGCCCGCGCCCCCGGCGCCGCCCGCGCCGGGCGAGCAGGCCGUGCAUCUGGGUCCCCGCGGCAGCGUGCGGCUGCGGGCCGAGUACCAGGCUGCUCAGGCCCGGCUGCGGGUGCGGCUGCUGGCGGCCGAGGGCCUGUACGACCGGCGCUGGGACGCGCGCGCCAUCCACUGCUGCGUGGCGCUCUGCCUGCUGCCCGGGAAGCUGCAGAAGCAGCGCAGCACCGUGGUCAAGCACAGCCGGCGCCCCGAGUUCAACGAGGACUUCUUCUUCGACGGGCUGGGCCCCGCCUGCGUGGGCAAGCUGGCGCUGCGCAUCAAGGUGGUCAACAAGGGCAGCAGCCUCAAGAGGGACACGCUGCUGGGCGAGAAGGAGCUGCCGCUGGCCGCGCUGCUGCCCUGUGCCUGAGCCCGGCUGGGGUCCUGGCCCUUGUCUCUGAGCUGGAGAGGCAGAGAAAGGGAGACGCCGGGCACCCUGGCCUCCUCCAGUGCCUGGGGCAGGAAUGCAACCUGGGCGGGACAGUGGCGGGGCUGUGCACUGUGUGUGGGGGGCUGUCUCACUGGUCUCUAGAGUCUUUGAUGCCCAGGGGAGCUGCUUCACUGGCCUCUAUUCUCUCAAGCCCAGGGGAGCUGCUUCACUGGCCUCUAGAGUCUCUCAUGCCCAGGGGAGCUGUCUCACUGGCCUCUAGAGUCUCUCAUGCCCAGGGGAGCUGCUUCACUGGCCUCUAGAGUCUCUCAUGCCCAGGGGAGCUGUCUCACUGGCCUCUAGAGUCUCUCAUGCCCAGGGGAGCUGUCUCACUGGCCUCUAGAGUCUCUCAUGCCCAGGGGAGCUGUCUCACUGGCCUCUAGAGUCUCUCAUGCCCAGGGGAGCUGUCUCACUGGC